CCCUUUGUCCCAAGAAUCAGACAGUCUGAUACUCUGAGGCACUUUCCCUGCCAUUUCCCAAGCCGAAACUGUUUUUCAAAUCCUUUGAAAGCUAACAUCUUAGCCAUUGUUCUCUCUCUCUCUUGGCCAUGGAAAUCACUGUGAGAAAAUUGGCCAGCUUGGGCUCCUCCACUUCACUUUCUUACCUCAUGUCCAAGAAGCACAAGGCGUAUAUACAAGGACCUCGUGCUUUAUCUCCGUUGGUUGAUCGUAUCCGUCGUGAUUUUUCCGUGGGGGCUGGCCAAACUGGGUCUAGUGCUUCCUCUGAUACGUCUGAGGAUGGUGCUGGACUAAGCCCCAAAGAAUUUCAGAGAUGGAAUAAUGGAGGUGGGAUUUUCCACAAGUCAGCUUCCAUUGAUCCAACAGCGCUCAUAGAGACUGGUGCUGUAGUUCAUCCGAAAUCUGUUGUCAGUGCAUAUGUUCAUAUUGGAUCGGGAACUGUUGUUGGACCUUCUGUGGUAAUCGGCCAAUUGACAAAAAUAGGGUAUAAUGUUGCACUCAGUAAUUGCGCUAUUGGUGAUUCAUGUGUAAUCCACAAUGGGGUUUGCAUUGGUCAAGAUGGGUUUGGGUUUUUCGUGGAUGAGAAAGGGAACAUGUUAAAGAAGCCUCAAUUGCUGAAUGCUAUGAUAGGGAACCAUGUGGAGAUUGGUGCAAAUACAUGCAUUGACAGGGGGAGCUGGAGAGAUACAAUUAUAGGGGAUCAUUCAAAGAUAGAUAAUUUAGUUCAGAUUGGUCAUAAUGUAGUUAUUGGGAGAAGUUGCAUGCUUUGUGGACAAGUUGGGAUUGCAGGUUCAGUGACGAUAGGAGACUAUGUGACUUUGGGGGGAAGGGUAGCAGUUCGGGAUCAUGUUUCCAUUGUAUCAAAGGUCCGGCUUGCUGCUACUAGCUGUGUCACCAAGGAUAUCAAAGAACCUGGGGAUUAUGGUGGCUUUCCUGCUGUUCCAAUUCAUGAGUGGCGAAGACAAGUUGCUACCCAAUUUCGGACUUCAAAGAAAAAGGUUUCUUAAGAGUCGGGAGAUGUAUUAGGAUAUAUUCUAGAUUUGGCUUACGUGCGGUAAAAAACUGUAGCAUAUAACAGUCUAGAUUUCUGGUGUAGUAGAUUUGUGGCGAUGUUUCUUCUGCAGUAUCUAAUUUGCUGGGGGGUUUCUACCA